AUGACGUCGUUCAUCCUCAUUCUAAUCUUAUUUUCUGAAUACGCGAAUGCUCAAAUUUCUCCUAUUCUGGAUUUGACUAACCAAACAGACACACACUUGAUUCCAGCCGCCAACUGCAUAUUUACGGAGUCUGUCAUAGACUCUGCUAGCAUGAACAAGUUCCCAAAGAACUGCGCAACUGUAUGUGCAUCCCCGUUGUAUAUCGGGAAUGAGACAGAUCUAACUGAGAAACAACUGACAAAUGCCUUGAAGAAUAUGAAACAUUUGAUUGGAGAAUUGAUUGUGAGUGGAUCAAAAUUCAAGACCGGAAAGUUUCUGGCAGCUUUGGAGACUAUUGAUUGUGACAACACUGGUUAUUUUCAAUGGACCUCGAACGACAAUUUGACAGAGAUAGGACUGCUGAAUCUGAAAACGAUAGCUUGCAGAAUUGAGAUAAACUCCAACAAGAUGUUGACAAAAUUGAAUUUGCCCAAUAUGGUGCCCACUCCAUCGCUCACUGCCAAUUAUUCCCGAAUAGACGUUGAAAUUUCAAAUAACUCCGCAACACUUUGUGUGACUGUCCAGGAAAUGGCUAAUCUAGUGUCUAACCAAAAUGUGGACAUUAGAAUUAUGCCACAAUCUUACUGUUCUAUGGGAAUGAAUAGCUCCACUGAGAAAACUUGUGGAUUUGAAAACUCUUCCCUAUCAACAAUGGAGUCUGGAUGUGUUCGAGUGUGUGGAGAUGUUAAGAUUGAGUUGAACGAUGAAGAGCAUACACAUAAGUUGAAAACUGUCAAGAAAAUAUUUGGCUCGUUGACAAUCGACGGAACUAAUUUGACUAAUAUCGACUUUUUGGAUGGAUUAGAGAGUGUAGUUGCCUUGAAAGAUGACGAAGCAGCGAUCCGAGUACAAUACAACCCUAAUUUAUCCAAUGUUUCUUUCCCAAGUCUGAAACGUGUCUACGCAGACAUUUCUGAUUCAAUUGUGUUUCAAAACAACAGUGAAGAGCUUCUAAUGGAUCCAAGCAUCUGCUGGGGAAUUCGAAAAGCUUUGAACACUACAGAUGCGUCAAUUCCCACUAUUGACGGACAACAGUGUGUAGGACCCAUCAUCGUCCAUACUGAAACUAGUGUUGUUGUCAAUACGGAAAUCAAUGUUAUUGUUAAUACGGAUGUGAAUGUUAUUGUGAAUACUGAAGUGAAUACAGUAUUGCCGACUGAAAUCCCUUCUAUGGCAUCUACUGUAUGGUCAACAAUAUUCCCUAGUGAAGGUUUAACAACACCAACUACGGUAGCGCCUACUGUAGAACCAACCGAACCGCCAGGAGAUCCGAGAUGCACUCCCGGAUGCACGUUUGAGCCAACCAUUCUGGACUCCGCCACUCUGAAAUAUUUCCCGAAAAAUUGCAGUACAGUAUGCUCUGCCUCGGCGUUAUACAUUGGAUAUGAAACUGACUUAACAGAAAAACAAAUGAUAGAUACUCUCAAGAAUAUGAAGCAUCUGGUUGGAGACUUGAUAGUAACCAGGUCAAAAUAUAAAACUGCUAGAUUCUUAGCAAGUUUGGAAUCUGUCGAUUGUUAUAACUAUGGAUUUUUCAAAUUCACACUUAACGACAAAAUGACAGAAAUCGGUCUCCCAAAUCUUACCAACGUGUCCUGUCGGAUACAUAUAAGCUCUAACAACAACCUGACUAGAUUGAACAUGCCACAUGUAAUGCCAAUUCAAUCUACAUACGCCAACUACAGCACCAUUGACGUGGAAAUCUCUUAUAGCGCUCCUUCUUUCUGCAUUACCAUUCAAGAAAUGUCAAAUCUAAUGACUUACGAGUAUAUUAAAUUUAGUCUGAUAACCGGAUCUUACUGCGCAGUUUCUUCGAACUCCACGUCAUCAGAAAAGAAGACGUGA